AUGGAUAUUGAUAUCAAUGACCUCACUAAUCUGGAUGACUUCGCUAACUCAGAUGACUCUGCUAAUCAGGAUGCUACUACUAACUCAGAUGCUACUGCUAACCUGGAUGCUACUACUAACCAGGAUGCCACUGCUAACCUGGAUGCUACUGCUAACCAGAAUGCCACUGCUAACCCAGAUUUUAUUGCUAGCCAGAAUGCUACUACUAAUCCAGAUGCUACUACUAACUCAGAUGCUACUACUAACCAGGAUGCUACUGCUAACCAGGAUGUUUCUGCUAACUAG